CUGGGCGCCGGGCGGUGGGCGCUGCCCUCCCCGUCGGGGCGGUGCUUGCGGGAGGCGAAGCGCUGCGGGCGGCGGCGGCGGCGAGAGCGGCACCGGCAUCGGCACCGGCCCCGGCAGCGCUGGUGGGGAAGGAUGUUUUCCUCGGUGAAGCCAUAUGAGAACCAGCGUUAUGCCUCCCUGAAGAAGGAAUGUCAGCGGCGGAAGCAGCUCUUUGAGGACCCACUUUUCCCUGCCAAUGAUGACUCGCUCUUCUACAAGUCAAGGAUCCAGGGCAUCCAGUGGAAGCGGCCAAAAGAAAUCUGCAAUGAUCCACAUCUCUUUGUGGACGGGAUCAGCUCCCACGACUUACACCAGGGCCAGGUUGGAAACUGCUGGUUUGUGGCUGCCUGCUCCUCCCUGGCAUCCCGAGAGUCUCUGUGGCAGAAGGUCAUCCCAGACUGGAAGGAGCAGGAGUGGAACCCUGAGAAGCCUGAGAGCUAUGCAGGGAUCUUUCACUUCCAGUUCUGGCGUUUUGGUCAGUGGCUGGAUGUGGUGAUAGAUGACCGUCUGCCCACACUCCACAACCAGCUCAUCUAUUGCCACUCCAACUCCAAGAAUGAGUUCUGGUGUGCCUUAGUGGAGAAAGCUUAUGCCAAGCUGUCAGGCUGUUAUGAGGCUUUGGAUGGAGGUAACACAGCUGAUGCCCUGGUUGACUUUACGGGUGGGGUCUCUGAACCUAUUGACCUGACUGAAGGGGACUACAUUGCUGAUGAAGCCAAGCGAAACCUCCUCUUUGAGCGUGUUUUGAAGGUACACAACCGAGGAGGCCUCAUCAGCUGCUCCAUCAAAGCCACCUCAGCAGCUGACAUGGAAGCCCGCCUGGCCUGUGGGCUGGUGAAGGGCCACGCAUACGCAGUGACGGAUGUGCGGAAGGUCCGCCUGGGCCAUGGCCUGCUGUCAUUCUUCAAGUCAGAGAAGCUGGAUAUGAUUCGCAUGCGCAACCCAUGGGGCGAGCGGGAGUGGAACGGCCCUUGGAGUGACACUUCUGAGGAGUGGCAGAAAGUGAGUAAAAGUGAGAGAGAGAAAAUGGGGAUGACAGUGGAAGAUGACGGAGAGUUCUGGAUGACUUUUGAAGAUUUCUGCAAAUACUUCACUGACAUCAUAAAGUGCCGUCUCAUCAACACAUCCUACCUGAGCAUCCACAAGACCUGGGAGGAGGCAGUGCUACGUGGGGCAUGGACCAGAAACAAUGACCCAUUGAAGAACCGCUGUGGAGGCUGUAUCAAUCACAAGGACACCUUUUUGCAGAAUCCCCAGUAUGUGUUUGAUGUGAAGAAGACAGAAGAUGAAGUGCUGAUCUCCCUCCAGCAGAAGCCAAAGAGGACCAGUCGCAAAGAGGGCAAAGGAGAGAACUUGGCCAUAGGCUUUGAUAUCCAUAAGGUGGAACUGAACAGGAACUACCGGAUGCACACCCUGCAGCAGAAGGUGGCCAGCUCCAUUUACAUUAACUCCCGCAGUGUCUUCCUGAGGACGGACCUGAAGGAAGGCCGCUAUGUCAUUAUCCCCACCACUUUUGACCCUGGUCAUGUAGGCGAGUUCCUUCUCAGGAUUUUCACUGAUGUGCCUUCAGAUUGCCGAGAGCUGACACUGGAUGAGCCACCACAUACCUGCUGGAGUGGGAUGUGUGGUUAUCCACAAGUGGUAUCCCAGAUCCAUGUCCUUGGUGCAGCCGGGCUCAAGAAUCAGGACUCCCAAGGAGGGGCUGACCCUUACGUGAUCAUAAAGUGUGAAGGACAAAAGGUUCGCUCUCCAGUGAAGAAGAACACAGUGUCUCCAGAAUUUGAUGUGAAAGGUCUCUUCUACCGCAAGAAGCCAGGACAACCCAUCAUUGUUCAGAUCUGGAACCACAACUUAAUAAGUGAUGAGUUCUUGGGCCAAGUGGUGCUCACAGGGGAUCCCAGCGACCGGCAGUCAGUGCACACACUGCACCUCCAGGACAAAGGGAACAGGAGAUCAAAUGAUCUCUCUGGAACCAUCGCUGUGAGAUUGCUCAGUAGUAACAUCCUCACCAAUGUCUAAUUACUCAGAGACUCUUCUGGUGCCACAUAUGUGUAUUAAAACAUGCACACAUACAUACAUAUACAUAUGUAUACAUAUAUAUAUAUAUACCUACACACACAUACAGAGCCUACCUACCAUCUGCAAAGUAUAUAUGAACUAUGCAUGCAUUCCACUCAAAGGAGCCAAUCUUGUGUUUUCAACGUUAAAAAAUGGUGCCUUUUUGGGGAAACGCAAUGAAUGAUCCUUCUGCUGGCGUCCUCUGCAGCUCCCAUCAUCACCAUUUACCCCACGGGGGUCGCUGUGAGCAUGCUGCGUGUCCUUGCAGCCAGAGCACAAUGCCCUGAUGCUGUUCGUUUACACAGGCUGGCACACACAUGCCACCAUGCACACGUAGGGUCACCACGGUCCCACCAGCUGCUCAAAUGCAUCUUCAAUGUGUCUGCUUGGUUUUAGAGUAGUGUGCAUGGAGCCAUCUCCUGUGAAACUGCCAUGUGAUUGCUUCUCUGUGGAGGCACCUCUGCAAAGUAGAAGUGGAAAAAUAGAUUGGGACCUUUUGGAUGUUUUCUGGGUGUGACUUUGCAUACUUCAUCUGGAAGGAAAAUGCACCAAGGUGGUCCCAAAUCCCAAAGCCACAGGGGAACAAGGCUAAAGGAUCUCCAUCAUUUUAGGGACAAGCUGUCUCCUCCCAAGUCUUGUUCAACCCCAUGCAACUAUAAAAGAUACAAAGAUGCCAACAAUCAUGGUGGGACAACUGUUCUCUGGGGUCAGGUUUUUUAAUCUGUAUGGACUAAGCUCCUGCGUGUGCCUCUUGAACUGCCAUGGUGCCUGCUGUCUCUAUGUUUUCAUGCAGUCCCCAUCCUAAGAGCUCAGCCCAGUAGUGUCCACUGGGGCCAUUCUGUGUUUAGGUAAGAGGGCUCCAGUUCCUCUGAAGGCCAAAGGUCCAGGGGAUGGGGAGCUUUGCUCAAUGGGCUCCAUCUUUACUGCUGCAUACAGUGCAUCAUUUCUCAGUGCCUCGCUUUCCCAAAUUCUUUUAAAAAAACAGUGGGAUUUUAGCUUAUGCUAGAGGAAAGGAGCACUGCUCCCAGUACAGCCUGAAAAUGCUGGAAAUAUUUUAUUCAUAUCAGUGUCCAUCUCUUACCUUUAAUUUCCAGUCUCCUGGCCCAGAGGAUGAAUUGCGCAGUCCUAGAGCCAGUCUCACAAGCAUAACCUGAACGCAUCUUUGGUGCCAUGUAUAGGGCUUUGGUUUGCCAUGAAGACUGGGUUUAUCUCCCUUAUUCCACUGGGUGGCAGAAUCUGGCUUCUUAUAAAUAUAAACCUUCCCAGACAAGCCAAACAAAUCUUUGUCUGGCCUUUCAGCAGUUGAUCAGGGCUGGUUUCAAAGCAUUUUUUUCUCCUGUUGUUUACUUUGGGGGUUUUAUUCGGGUGCCUUUAAAAUGGUGCGAGUUAAGGAAUUUUUCUGACAGAUUUUCUAACAGGCAAAUCUUUUGCAAUCCCCUGCAUGCAAGUGGAAAUGAAUACAUAUGAUGUAAUCUUGGUAAAUUUUCUUCCAAGCAGAGUCAUCUGCUUGCAAGGACAAACUUUCUUUUGCCAUAGCAAGCAGGGUUUCUGCUUGUCCUACUAAAUGCCCAUGUUUGUGCUGCAAGUCUACGUUUUUUUUUUUUAAAGUUCCUAAAUGUAUGCUGAGUCUGUGAUGUGAUAAGAUAUUCCCCAAAGCCACAUUACUUGCCACCUCAUACUCUACUACUUCAUCUAUAUUUGCAGGCUGGUUUUACUCUUUCCUCGUCUUCAUAGGUUACCUCCUGUUGUUAUGAAUUGGGUUAUUGGCCAAAUUGCUUAUUUUCUUAGGUCUUGUUUUCCAGGAUUUAAUGCAAGAAGUGGCCCAUGGGAUGCUCUUUCCAGGUUUCAAUUAUUCCUGGCUUGCACUGAACACCCUCGAAAUCCUGGUGCCAUCACUGGGACCUAGAUUCUUGCUAGGAUUAGUUCAAAUGUUCCUAGUUUAGUGAAGUGACAUUUCAAAUCAAGGUCAAAGCAAAUCAUUGAAUUUGGGCAGACCAAUUCAGAGAUACUUUGGUUUUAUUCUGUUUUUGAUCAGGGCACUCAUCACUGAAAAUAAAUGGAUGCAGCAUGAUUUUCAUCUUAGGAGAAGAUCUCACAGGCUUAUGUUCCAGUACCAGAACGGGGCCUACAAAUAAGCUGGGGGGGAGACUUUUUACAAGGGCCUGUAGUGAUAGGACGAGGGGGAUGGCUUUAAUUUGGAAGCGAGGGAAUUUAGAUUAGACAUUAGGAAGAAAUUCUUCAUAAGGAGGGUUGUGAGGCAUUGGAACAGGUUGUCCAGGCAAGCUAUGGAUGUCCCUUCCAUGGAAGUGUUCAAGGUCAGGUUGGAUGGGGCCUGGAGCAGCCUGGUCUACUGGGAGGUGUCCCUGCCCGUGGCAGGGGUUUGGAACUAGAGGAUCUUUAAGGUCCCUUCCAACCCAAACCAUUCUAUGUGAUCCUGUGAUUUUGUUUUCAGAAUAGUAUGUGAGAGUGACUGGGUUGCCCAAAGAUGCCUCACCUACCAGGAAGAAGAGCUAUUUAGAUAAGGGAGAACAUCACAGAAGCUUUGCACCAUCAUCAUCAGAUGGGGAUAGCCAGCCUGCCAGCAUUAGACUUGCUUUUCAGGAAAUGUUUUUCAGGAUAGCUUCAGGAAAUGAGAGCCAUUUGGCCAGGAGUGCCCUGACAUGUGCCAAACCGCACCGUGAUACCUAAGGAGUGGCCUUGAAGCCUGCCAGGGCGUAGCGGUGCCCUGGUACCUGUGGGCAACCUCCUUCCUUCCUAUGGAGAAUCAAGCCAUAAAGAGAGGAAAGGCAGCUUUUAACAGGGUCUUCAAAAACAGUAAUCCUCACAGUAUAGCAGGACCAAAAUGUCUUAAUGUCAGUAAUAUUUGUCCUUUUUUUUCUCAAACUUUUGAAAAGUUAUAGCAGAAGACUUCUUUCCCCUACAUUUCCAAUGGAACAACAAAAAAUACCAUUGUUGCUUUCUUUUUGUCUUUGUAGAGCAAUGAGGGAGGGCAGUUAUUGAAAUGCCAUUCCUAGUGUUGAUGCCUUUCCUCUUUAGAUAAGGUAAACAGAUAUAUUCAGGGUUUUUUGUCUGAGAGGAGGGCAGGUCUGGUAAGCACUUUCCAGUCCCUCCCAAGUGGUGUAGGACAUCUCUGAUUUAUUUUCCGUUUCUUUUGCUGAUCAUUUCAAUGGUUGCAAGCAGCCUGCCACUAGAGUCUGUGAAAUACAUUUCUUUUUGACGUCUGCGUGUUAAAACAGGCUAUGACUUGUCUUCAUCUCCAAAGGCACUGACAUGUCGCGCUGCACAAGAUCAGAGAGUGAUCCAAACAGAAAGCCAACGUUGUACAGCUGUAAACCUCCUAUAAAUAAAUUGUGUAUAUUUUAUUCAAACUCCCUGCCUUUAAACUGCUGUGUUCUUUCAGAGUGCUUUUGAUGGGCACAAGGUGGCUCUGCAGAGCCUUUUUAAUUUCCUUGAUUCCAUGGACUUCAU